GCUUUAAUUUUUGAAUUCAGUGUUACCAAUAUGUAGUGUUUAAAUUGUGUACAUCAUACACACAGCGUACCAACGUAAAAUAUUUCUUAAUGGUAGUUUUUCUUUCAGCAUUUAUCAACACUUAAAAAAGCAUGGCUCCACGGUACGAACUUGCCGUUGGUUUAAACCGCGGACACAAAACGAGCAAACUUCGUGUGGCUAAGACAAAAGGUGAUAAAGUUGAUAAAACUUUAAAGAUCCGUCCUGCUAGGUUGAAGGGGAUCCAGACCAAACAUACAAAAUUCUGUCGUGAUUUAAUCCGUGAAGUAGUUGGACAUGCACCAUAUGAAAAGCGUGCUAUGGAAUUGUUAAAAGUGUCAAAAGACAAAAGAGCACUUAAAUUCCUUAAGAGACGUUUAGGCACACACAUCCGUGCUAAGAGGAAGCGAGAAGAAUUAUCAAACAUCCUUACACAAAUGCGUAAAGCUCAAGCACACGCUAAAUAAUUUAAUCUGACUUUAUUAUAUUAUUAAUUAAAUGUGUAAAAAUGAUUUCGUAAUAAAAU